AUGGUCAAAUUAUUUGUGGGGAAUCUAGCCGACACUGUUGAUUCGACAAAGUUAAAACAGGUUUUCCAACAGUUCACAAAAGUGACGGAGUGCGAUGUUGUGAAAAACUACGCCUUUGUACAUAUCGAGGAUGAUGAUGUGCAGUCAAUUAUAAAUCGAUUGAAUGGAUACAAUCUGGAAGGAAAGAGUAUACACAUUCAACUGUCAACAUCAAAAUUGCGGUCGCAACCUGGGAUGUCCAAUCAAUGCUUUCGUUGUGCUUCAACAGACCACAAGACGCCGCAGUGUCCCAAAGAUCCUAAUAAUCAAGAUGGACCCGAUGCAAAACGACCGACUCAAGUGAUCAACAUGGUCGACGAGGAAAUACCACGCCCACCAGAGCCUGAACUACAACAAUUGUAUGAGGAAUACAGUUUAUCGCGACAGCGGUAUACUUACUAUCGUGAACGACUGCAGAAGGAGAUUCACGCGAAACGCAAUGGCAUGGCUGGAUCGGUCUACGCCCCACUUGCGCCGUUGGGCACGACAUCUACACAGCUUUCUUCGGCUGCCGUUCCCUACCUCGCUCCCCAGCCACAAGCGUAUACCCAGCCUGCAGCUAUCGGUGGAAAUCAUCCGUACUCAUUGAAAGCGCCCUAUGCCGCAGCCACUCCUCCACAAGUACAGCAAGUACAGCAGGUUGCAGCUGUGCCACAAAUCGGAGCUGUUCCCGCUCAGCAAACGACCUAUCUUCCCAAUCAGCCGACAGCUGUGUAUGGAACGGUAGGAGCACCGAUACAGCAGGGAUUGGUAAAUGUGCAACCGCAACAACAAGGUCUACAAUAUGCCACGGCCGUGCAACAACAGCAGUCCACUAUCGGCGUUCAGUCGACAGCGCCGAUGACCACGCAACAGUACUUGCAGAGUGUGGGUUUGCAGCAAGCACAACAGCAACCACAGGUUGGAACACAGUUGGGAUUAGGACAAAUGCAGCAGACCACUUUGAAUGCGCCAUACGCUGGAGUGAAUACAGGCUCUUCUUGGAUGCAGCAACAGCAGCAGACGGCAGUUCAAAAUCAAAUUAUUGGGCAGUAUCAGCGCCAGCCAGAACCUCAACGACAGACUUCUUUGCUUCCUCAACAGCAGCAGCCUUAUCAGGCGGGUGGAUUGGUAAAACUGAAUAUUAUGUGA